UAAAUAUUUGAAGGAACCAACAAAAAGUAUAAAAUAUAUAUUAUUGAUUGUUAGACUUCAAUAGUUUUGUAUUGUUAAUUUGAUUUUUAUUUUAAUUCACCCACUCAAGUCAUGAACAAUAAAUUGUCAUCGUAUCUGUGACCGUAAUGAAUAUUUGUGAUGAAUUGUGAAUAAGUAUAUGAAAAUAAAAAAUGUAGCCUAUAUUGAUUACAUAUAUCGCGGAAAUACACAAAUCAGUUUUAAACAAUAAUCUUGAAAAUUACUCUCGACUACAGGCAUCCUUUAUAAUGGAUGUUUUAACAAUGAAAAACAUAUGCCCCGCCGGAAAACAAGCGAUAAUAUGGUUUAUGCUAACCGUUUGUAUAUUUUUCAUAUCAUUCUUUUCUGGAAGCCUUUUAGGAUUCACAUCUGAGAUCUGGGCACUUACUUAUUGGGGUCCCUCAUUAUAUUUCUGUUUGUUGAAUUUUAUUUUAAGAUAUGCCUAUAAAGGAUUUUUAUAUGAGGUGUCAAUACGAGCAGCAUUCCUCGGAGCAGUAUUCACAAUAGGCCUCUAUUUAUCGACAUUUGAAGAUGGCAUUAAGGUUUUCGGUCUCUACACCAUGGUGCUGUCGAUGUUCCAUUUUUCUGAGUUCAUGAGUGUAGCCCUUACAAACCCUAGGACAUUAACAAUUGAUUCAUAUAUAUUGAAUCACAGUGUGCAGUAUGGAGUUGCAGCGGUCACUAGUUGGAUUGAAUGGGCCAUUGAAUAUUAUUUCUUUCCGGGGAUGAAGACUUAUUUCUGGUUGUCGAGCAUAGGUGUAAUAAUGUGUAUAGGGGGAGAAAUAUUAAGAAAAUCAGCUAUGUUCACAGCCAAAACUAACUUCAACCACACAGUACAAUUCGUAAAGAGAGUGGAUCAUCGGCUAGUGACGCACGGGGUGUACUCUCUCUGUAGACAUCCAAGCUAUGUAGGAUGGUUCUAUUGGUCAGUCGGUACUCAGUUUAUCCUCCUGAAUCCUUUUUGCCUGAUCAUCUACACGCUAGCCUCGUGGAUGUUCUUUAGGGAAAGAGUUUAUGCUGAGGAAUUGACACUAUUGACAUUCUUUGGUCCCGCCUAUGAAGUCUACCAAAGCAAAGUCAGUACAGGCCUUCCGUUCAUCCAGGGCUAUGUACCAGAGAACACAGGACAGUUUGUCAAAGAAGACCAUUGGAGUUACUGAGCUAUAUUUAUCUCAAGAUUCUCAUCUCUGAUUUUGACGUCGGCAUCGCGCUUGAUGACCAACGAACAAGUGAUAAAAUUCCAGAUAUCAAUCAAACAACACAUCAAUUUGAAUAGUAAUCAAUUAAUUUAAGUACUUAACUUAUUUACUUUUAAUGAUAAUAUGAUAGGUAAUAUAUGAACGAAAUAAAGUACAACAAGAAAUGUAAUAAAUAGCUAAAAGCGAUAAUGAAGAAUAGUCAGUAAUAGAAAGCUUUUUAACAGCAAUAGCAGUGACCUACUGCAACCAAAAGAGAAACCAUUGCUUGAUGUAAUAAAUUAAAUAACACUGUGGUAGUUGGAAUAUUCUAAUUUUCAAUGUAUUAUGAUGAAACCAUAGCUUAUAACUAUAGAUUCUCAAGCAAUGUGUGUUCAGUGAAAAAUAUUUCUAAAGUGGCUUAUUUCGUUACACCGGAACAACCGUUAUUAUUAAAAUUUUCAACAAGACUUAUCAAGUUCUAAAGUUGUGCUUAUUAUGCAUAUUAUACGAGAAUACUCACACAACGCGGAACCAAUGAUCAUGUCAGCCAUGUCACAAAAGUAUAUCGCGAUUCAGAAAACUAGUACCGCCAUCUAUCAAGUGUAAACAAAAAAAAUGUUUUAACAGUCGUGACGGACCAACGUGCGAUCUCGUUGUGCAAUGAUUUAUAAACUUACUGGGGUAGCAAGGGGGCGUGUAAAUAGCCCUCCUGCGGCGGGAGCAUAUAAAGCGGGGGUAGAAAGGCGUGUAAAUAGCCGUCCUAAGCGGUAUGUGACAAAUGUUCGUCACUUAUAAUUAGCAGAGCGGUAAAACUAUAUUGCGGUAAACAAAAAGCUAGUAACUAAAGCUAAAGAUAGAAAAUUAAAUACAUAUAAGCGAGCGGGCGGGCGAAUGAUCACAUGGAAGCAACAAAAAUGGCAAUAAAUUAAAAGAACUUGCACUCACCAUAUUAUUUAUUACCGUCCUAUGUGCUUAGAGCGAGUUUUCUAACUUCUCGAUCGCCUAAAAGUUCUCAAAAUUGUAUGGAGUUGGAACAGCGCCCCUAGCGGCAAACAUAGGGAAGCUGUCUGGCUGCACUAACACAGAAGCUUAUAAAAUGCACCGGUCAUCGUUCUCGUAGAACCCGACGAAGCGACGAAGCGAAGCUUGCGACAAAGGGCUCGGCGAGUAAAU